GUUUGUGUGUAUACUGAUAUAAACUUUGUCCUCGCGAGUGGUCGGUUACUGAGCGGGGAAGUUUUGGUUGUGCUCUUUUCAACGCUGUAGCAUUUCUCCUCCGUGAUUCAGUAUCAGUUAAUAAUGACUUAUUAGCGGGUUGAGUCGGUGAUUUGGACAAGUGAGUUGUACAUUUGAUAAAACCCGAGAGAAGCCGGUUAUCGAUAUGGAGGCUGUGAGCAAGUGGAGCCCGCAACAAGUGGUGGACUGGAUGAGAGGUCUGGAAGACGGCGUGCAGCAGUAUAUUCCAUCUUUCCAGCAGCAGCAUGUGGACGGGGAGAAACUGCUCAGGAUGUCCCACCAGGAGCUGCUUUCUCUGGGCGUUUCACGAGUCGGACACCAGGAGCUGGUGCUGGAGGCCGUGGAUCUCCUGUGUGCCCUGAACUAUGGAGUGGAAUCAGACAACCUGAAGACUCUGGUGGGGAAGAUGAGAGCAGCGCACCACAGCCUGAACAGUGCCGUGUCACAGCGAAGGAAGAAUCCUGUCUACCACAGCAAAAACUCCCAUCAGCCCACCAACGAGUUCCUGACUGCUGUGGUCGAGCUGAUCGGAGCUGCCAAGAGUUUGCUGGCCUGGCUGGACAGGACUCCUCUUACCAGCACAGAUGACCUCGCCUCCACCAAAAGCACAAUCGUCCAGCUGUGUCUGGAGCUCACCUCCACCGUCCAGAAGGACUGUACAGUUUAUGAGAUGGAGGAGAAGAUUCUGGAAGUGUCAAGAGCUCUAAAUGGUGUCUGUGAAAAGACAGGCCGAGCAACCUCUGACCCCUCAAAGAGUGAGAUGGCCUGUCUGGAGGAGGUUCACAUCACCAACAUCAAGUCUGGGGAGGGACUGGGGAUUUACAUAAAAUCCACCUACGACGGACUUCACAUCAUCACAGGAACAACAGAGAAUUCUCCUGCAGAUAAAACCCACAGGAUUCAUGCUGGAGACGAAGUCAUUCAAGUCAACAAACAGACUGUGGUGGGCUGGCAGCUGAAGCACCUGGUGGAAAAGCUGAGGGCGGAGUCUGGAAGCAUCAUCCUGUUGGUGAAGAAGAGGCCAUCUGGGACCUUUGCACCUGCUCCACUGAAGAACCUGCGCUGGAGACCGCCACUUAUACAGACCUCCCAGGGAGCUCCAGGUCUCUACAGAUCUGAUCAGCCAGACAUCUCAGAGGUUCCUGGGAAGAGAGGGAAGACGGCCAUCUUGGAUCUGUACAUCCCUCCUCCCCCUGCUGCGCCGUACAUACCACUAGAUGGGAACACGAACACAUCUCCAGGUGUGGAAAUGAGGCCGAAGUCUCCAAACUCGUGUUUGGAUUCAGACGUGCAGCAAUGCGUCACUGUUGAAGAUGACAGCAGGAUGUGUGUGAGCCCCCCAUCUGAACCGAACCAGCCAGUCGCCGUCCGCCUCCGACAGCGCCCCUCCACACACUGUAAACCUCGACCUGUGUCCAUGCCAGUGGAGUCAUUUUCGAGCGUGUCCAACCCACCCUCCAGACCCGGGCCGCAGGGGAGGAAAGGGCGGGACCUUCUGCACAGAUACCUGAGUAACGAUGGGAUCAGCACCAUCACAGAAGAGGAGCCGUGUUUCCCUUUGCCAUACCGAGGACAUCCGUCUGUCCGUGGCGUCGACCACAUCAGGGGCAGCCAGUGCUUCAUCAACGCCGAACUGCACAGCAGUGCUACCAUCCCUUACCACGAAGCAACAUCGAAAAAGUCUGCUGCUGUUUCUCCUCGCCAGGCUGUAACCAAACAGUCCACGUCACUGCUCAGUGGGUGGCUGGCUCGUCUCAAGAUGCUGAGUCAGUGACGGAGGAAAAACAUGGUUUAAAAAGUUUUAGAUAAGAUUCGUUCUUGUCAUUUGGCUCAUGGAGGAGCUGGUUUAUUCUCAGCCCCACCCUGAUCCUCAGGAUACCUGAUUUAAGUAUCUGUUAAGUUGGAGGCUUUUAGCAGCUGUGAACUGGGGUCAAGAAAGAAGUUUGACAUUCAGGUGAAAUGCAACAGUUCAUGGAAAACUAGCCUGUGGAGAGAACCAAAGAUCUUACAGUGGAGAAGAAUCUUCCUUCCACAGGAUCACAGGACAAAAAAAUCAGGAGCACCACAGAGCAGGUCACUGUGUUUCCCCAUGCGGAACAUCCUAGUAAACCUAAGCCUGGGAAAUUCGUUUAACAAAUUUUCUGUUUUUACUAGAAAAAUGAACAAAUGAGAAGAGCUGUUUGACUCUGGCUGCUGCAGUUGCCCAUCAGGAGGCUGAAUGAAAACACUGAUGAAGCAUCUGUGACAGCACUUGCAGUAUUUUGAAAAGCCCUUUACAGAUCUGGGGUUUGAGUUUUUCAUCUGCUCCCAUUUACAUCUGUUUCUGUACCCGGAAAACCUAACAGCUGCAAGGAAAGUGGAACUGCUGACUGCGGCAGAUUCACCCUUAUGUAGAAACAUACCUCUCUUUAAGCCUUAGACACUUGAUAAGUGGUUUUAGCUGCUGAAAUAAUGUCUUGUAUUAAAUUUGUAAAGAGAA